AUGGGCCUGAAUUCCAUUGGAAACCCGAUCCAUCAACCCAAUCCGGAUGUUGGCAGAAGGCAGUCAUCGACCGACUCCGAGGAGGACAUCGAGGAAGAAUCGGUAGCCCUCACUCUGGAUCAUUUUGGGAAUGGCACCAUCCAGGGCAAACAAACGUUUCGGAACCGAUUCUGGGUUGCUGAGUCUGGAUAUAAGCCUGGGGGACCCGUUUUCAUCUACGACAAUGGAGAAUCUGACGCAGAAACCGGCGCCAUGUUUCGACUGACCGGCUCUACGUCGUUCUUCAAACAACUGGUUGAUGAAUUUGGUGGAAUUGGAAUUGUCUGGGAACACCGGUACUACGGAAGAUCUCUUCCUGUAAAAAUUGGUUUGGAUACUCCCCCCGAAGCGUUCAAAUACUUGACUACGGAGCAAGCGUUAGCCGAUGUUAAGGAAUUCGCGUCCUCCUUUUCUAGGCCGAACUUCCCGGAUGUUGACCUCACACCGAAAGGGACCCCCUGGAUCUUUUUGGGCGGGUCAUAUCCAGGAAUGCGAGCGGUUUUCAUGCGAAAAUUCUAUCCGGAGACUAUCUUCGCCAGUUAUGCAUCCUCUGCACCGGUCCAGGCUUCGGUCGUUAUGAACUACUACUUCGACACUGUGGCACGAGGUAUGCGGAAGUACGGCUGGGGCAAUUGUACGGAGGACAUCCAUGCCGCUAUUCGCUACAUGGAUCGAAUCAUGGUAGAUCCGGCGAAAUCAAGCACCCUGAAGGAGGACUUUCUUGGUCGGCGUGCAGCGAACAACACCAAUGCGGCAUUUGCUGAUGCAUUAACAAGCAUUUUCGCCCUUUGGCAGUCCUAUGGUGUUGAAGGCGGUCCUUAUAGCCUACGAAGCUUCUGCAAUUGGAUCUCCACAGAUCCUGCCACAAACCAGACCGCACCAGCACGGGGUUGGGCAGCGACCAAAGGCCCCCAAUUCACAGUCGACCGCUGGAGCAAGUGGGCCAACUUCAAAGACGUCGUGAACAUCAACCUCUACACCGAGUGCGAAGGCGUGCGCAAUUCUUCCGAGACAACUCCAGACUGUGAUCUGAACCUGCCAUUCCCAGAGCCAAACUACAUCAGCUGGGUAUGGCAGUACUGCUCGGAAUGGGGCUUCUUGCAAUACGCCAACUACGGACCCAACCAACUGGUCAGUAGCUGGAAUGACCUGAAGCACCAGCAAGACAUCUGCAACCGACAGUUCCCUGAAGGAUAUAAGAACGGCCUGUUACCGGAAUGGCCAAACAUGGAGAGAGCAAACCGGCAUUUCGGAGGCUGGAGCACCCGCCCAUCAAAUGUUUACUGGACAGACGGCGAGUUUGACCCCUGGCGGACAUUAUCGCCGUUGAGCGGCGAAUGGUUCUCUCCCGGAUUUAACAGCACGCAAGCGAUACCCAAGUGUGGAGAGAGCACAGGGGAAGGAGGGCCGGUGUUUGGAAUGGUGUUGAAGAACGCUCAACACUGCUAUGAUCUCCGGAUACCUAGCGUCCCCGACAGUGAUGUCAGCAGAGGACACUUUACAAACGCGCUCCGGGAGUGGCUGAAAUGCUGGCGACCAACCCCAAUGGAGGGUGUCUCGGACGGUCAAAACAGUACGAAAUCGCCUCCGGGGCGAGAAACGUUGAUCCACCUCCCACCCUUCCGAAACCACAGUGGCUUGGGGGUGUCGAUUCUUUCUCCGCGUAGGGGGGGAGCUUAAUGUAUUGAUACGAUUUUGAGAAACAAUAGUCCUAAAUAGCCUAU